UGGUCCUGCCCCUGCCCUUGCAGCUUAUCCCUGUCCAGGAUGAACAUCUCCACACUCUGCCUCUCCAUCGUUCUGGUUGCUGCUCUGUUUUCUCAGGCCCUUUCUGCUCCAUUGGGGUCUGACACGACUUCAUGCUGCUUCAGCUACACCUCACGAAAGCUGCCUCAGAGUCAUGUGCAGGAGUAUUUCUAUACCAGCAGCAAGUGCUCCCAGCCAGCAGUUGUGUUUGUGACCAGGAAGAAGCGGGAGGUCUGUGCCAACCCUGAUGCCAGGUGGGUGAAGGAAUACGUGAACAGCCUGGAGCUGCAGUGACAACUGGAAGCUGAGAAGUCCUGCCAGACCACCCAUCAGAGCUUAGCACAGACCUAGAAAUGUUACUGCCAAGCAUCAGGAUCUGCUGAGCCACCUUGGGACACCUGAAGUUUGUUUUGUCUUUCAAAGGUGUCAUUUAUCCACAGUAAUUCAGCCGCACUUAGGGCAGCCAUGAUGCUGAAGACCUCCUGUCCUUGCAGACCCAUUUUGGGGUGCCCUGCUGUGUGAUGUGGCUAAACUGAGCCCCACCUUGUGCCUCCACUGCUAGAAUGGGAG